AUGGACGAAAUCCACGAAUUGACUGCUGAGGAGAAGAGACUCCUUGAAAACAAGAAACGUGAAAAGUAUUGGAAGCAUUGGGGUCCGUACCUCGGAGAGAGACAAUGGGCUACCGUGAGAGAAGAUUACUCACACGAUGGUGAUGCCUGGCUGGACUUCCCCUUUGAACACUCAAGAUCGAGAACUUAUCGUUGGGGUGAAGACGGGUUGGCCGGAGUCUCUGACACCCAUCAAAUGGUUUGCUUGAGUUUGGGUCUUUGGAACGAGCAGGAUGAUAUCUUGAAGGAAAAGUUGUUCGGAGUGACCAAUUCUCAGGGUAACCACGGUGAGGAUGUCAAGGAAAUGUACUACUACUUGGAUAACACUCCUUCGCAUUCUUAUAUGAAGUACUUGUACAAGUACCCACAGUCCAAAUUUCCCUACAAGGAAUUGAUCGAGGAGAACGGGAAGAGAUCUAGAUUGGAAAAGGAAUUCGAAAUUACAGACACUGGUGUCUUCGACGAAAACAAGUAUUUCGAUGUCGUUUUUGAAGUUGCAAAGCUGGAUGACGACCCUGAAGAAUUGUUAUUUAGAAUCACUGCCUACAACCGUGCUGACGAGCCUGCGCCUUUACACAUCAUGCCCCAUGUUGUGUUCAGAAACACUUGGGCUUGGGGAACUGAAGAGUAUAAGAACAAGAAUAAGCCUUUGAUGAAAAAAGAUCGUGACAACUUGAUUAAGAUUGAACAUCAAAGAUUGAAGAGCGACAGAUAUAUAGUCUUUGCUCCUGCCCCUGGUUUUGAUGAGAAUCUGCCAGAUAUCGAACCUACUUUGUUGUUCACUGAGAACGAGACCAAUACCGAAAGAUUAUACGGCCAGCCCAAUGAAAAGCUGAAGUAUGUUAAGGAUGCCUUCCACGAUUAUGUUAUUGAUGGUAAGGAAGAGGCUGUCAAUCCGGAAAAUGUGGGUACAAAAGGUACUGCAUGGUUUAAAUUUGAUCUGGUCCCAGCAAAGGAUUAUGUUACCAUUAGAUACAAACUUUCCAAGUCUCAGGAUGAAAUUGACGAAUUUGAAUUCGACAAGACUUUUGCUAAACGUCAAGACGAAGCAGAUGCUUUCUACUGGAAAAUCUCGCCAUUGCCAAUUUCGGAUGAUUUGAGACAAGUUCAAAGACAGGCUUUCGCUGGACUCUUGUGGACCAAGCAGUACUACCAUUUUGUUCAUAAUUAUUGGUCACAUGGUGAUAAGAACACACCAAAGCCGCCUAUGAAUAGAGCUGGUGGCAGAAACAAGGAUUGGAAACAUUUAUACAUUGAUGAUAUCUUGUCACUCCCAGAUAAAUGGGAGUAUCCAUUUUUCGCUGCCUGGGAUACUGCUUUCCACUGUAUACCAUUAGCUAUGAUUGACCCUGAUUUUGCUAAGAAGCAGAUCGACUUGCUUACCAGAGAAUGGUAUAUGCACCCCAAUGGUCAAAUCCCUGCUUAUGAGUGGAACUUUUCAGACGUAAACCCUCCUGUUCAUGCAUGGGCCACUUUUAGAAUCUAUAAAAUUGAAAGGAAAAUGUAUGGUGUCGAAGAUUUGGACUUCUUGGAAGCUGUUUUCCAAAAGUUGCUUAUCAACUUCACUUGGUGGGUCAAUCGUAAGGAUUCCGAUGGGAAUAACGUUUUUGAAGGUGGAUUCCUUGGUUUAGAUAAUAUCGGUAUCUUCAAUAGAUCUGAACCAUUGCCAACAGGUGGAAAUUUGGAACAAGCAGAUUCUACUGGUUGGAUGGCAUUUUUUGCCUUACAAAUGCUUAACAUUGCAUUGGAGUUGGCCAAAACUAGACCCGUUUAUGAAAAUAUCGCAUCCAAAUUCUUUGAACAUUUUAUCUUAAUUGCUGAUGCAAUGACCUAUAGAGAUGCAGAACUUGGUGAGACAGACGCCACUGAAAGAUCAUUAUGGGAUGAAAAGGAUAAGUUUUACUACGAUGCUAUUAGUUUCGGUCAAAAUUCCAAGACACAAAGUUUACCGGUGAGAUCUUUAGUUGGUUUAAUUCCAUUGUAUGCUAGUUUGACAUUAGAACCAGAGCUUUUAGAGAAGUACCCUUCUUUCAAAAAGCGUUUGGACUGGUUUAUUGAAAAUAGAAAAUUUGUUGCCGGAAGAAACAUUGCGCUGAUGGAAUCAAGAGGUGUGGGUGAGAGGUUAUUAUUGGCCUUGGUUGAUAAAGAUAGAUUGGUAAGUAUAUUGGAAAGAAUGCUUGAUGAAGAUGAAUUUUUGUCUCCAUAUGGUAUUAGAUCACUUUCCAAAUACCAUGAAAAGAAUCCAUUCUCUAUGCAAGUUAACGGCGAAGAGUACAAGGUUGAAUAUUUACCUGGUGAAUCUGACUCAGGUAUGUUUGGGGGUAACUCGAACUGGAGAGGUCCAAUUUGGUUCCCAGUCAACUUUUUACUUGUGGAAGCAUUACAGAGAUUUUACUUGUACUAUGGACCUGAAUUGAAGGUCGAAUGUCCAAAGGGAUCCGGUGAUUACUUGAAUUUGGCUCAGUGUGCACAAGAAAUUCAGCACAGAUUGAUGCAUUUAUUCUUGCCAGAUGAAGAUGGUAAUAGAGCUUGUAAUGGAGACAAUAAACUCUUGAAUCAAGACGAAUUGUUUAAAGAAUACGUUCCAUUUUACGAGUACUUCGAUGGUGAUACCGGAAGAGGACUUGGAGCAUCUCAUCAAUGUGGUUGGACCGCAAUUGUUUCGAAAUGGAUUCAUGACAACGGUACAAACUGUAGAGCCCCCAAGACUCCUAGAACUCCUAGAACUCCAAGAUCAUCUGUUUUCCUCCACAAUAGUGAAAACAGAAACAUUGACGGUAAUGAAGCUCUUGAUGAAGAAUCUCAAAUUGAGCAAUUCUACCCUAAAGCCGGUCCAUUCCCUGGUAGAUUAAUGAGAAGAAAGAGUGGUAAAUCACUUUUGAAUUUGACUAUUCAUUCACUCGAUUUAGACGGUAAUGAAGAUGAAGUUGAUAGUGAUGCCGUUCCAUCUUUGAAUACUGGAUUUAGCAACAUCACUAGUAAAGUUGGUAAGAACGGAGAAUACGAAGACCUUUCCCCAACUCAUUCCCAUGCUUCUCACACUUCAGUGGAACAGAAUUCUGCCAUCGACGAGAAUUUACUUACGCAAAUCAGAUCUGCGUUUAGAAAGUACAAAUUGUCCAAGGAUGACGAUGACCAUGGAGAUGAGUUCGAAGCAAGGCAUUAA